AUGGCAACAAGAAGUCGAAGAAGCGCAAUAGGUAGUGAUUCUUUAAACCCAGCAAUGAUACAGUUAUAUGACACCGGAAGAUUACGUCGAGAACUGAGACAGAGAGGACUUGACACGACAGGUACCAGAAAUGUACUCGCCGAUAGAUUGCAGGAAGCAGUUCUUUCGGAACGUAACGGUCGACAGGCAUAUUCUCCGCCACCUCAAACAGAAAAAGCUGUAAAAAAAGGAGCACGAAAGUCAUUGAAGGAGGGUGAAGAAAAUGAAAAUGAAACUGGAUUGGACUCGGAGCCUGUUAUAUCCCCAAAAGCAAAGAAAAGUCGACAUAGCGAAGAAAUUGAUGAAAUCAAUUUGAUAGAAGAAUCGUUUUCUAUCGAGCUUUCGAAUAUAUCCGCGAUUGAUGAAGUGCAGAUGGAAGCAGAAAGGGCUUUCGUGCCACACUCCAUAUCCAGUACUACUGUAGUUCAUGGAAAGCCUUUUCAUGUGCUAGAAGUUGAAAAACCUUUAAUAUCGAACGAUGAAACAAAUUCUAAAAUGGAAUUGGUUCCAUAUGAAUCAAAAAAGAUGACGUCUUUGGAUGAAGGCAAACAUCGGGGGUCGAAACAUGGAAAAAAAAAAAUAAUGGUUGAAGAACUGACUAGUUCUAGUGAUGAUGAAGAAUUAAAAUGGCUUUACAAAACAAGAAGAGGGAAGAAACCUCGAAAAAGUUUACUUGAAGGAAAAUAUGUGUUUGUCGAUAACAUCAGUAAAAACGAAAAUGAAGCGGGUGAGAAGGGUGAAAUAAGUGAAAAGGAAGAUGAGAGGAAUGAUGGAGAACAGAGUUUGAAGUCCUCUUCUUUAGAGUUAUCAAAAGCAGUAAACGUUGUCAAUAUGAAUGAGAAACCAUCCAAAACGUUAGUUCAAAAGGGUUCAAUCAAGAUCAAGUUCAAAACUAAUCUUUUAAACAUUGGAAGAACGUCGGAAUUGAAGCAGAAAGAAGCUCUUCCACCUGUUUCCACCGGCUUAAUCGCAAAAGAUGGAAAAGUACAUGCUGAUGUAACACUGGUCUCUGCAGCACAAGUGGAAAAAACAAAAUGUCCAUUUGCUCCACCACUAUCGUCACCAAAUACUGAGAAGUCAAAAGACCAAGUUACCCGUAAAAAAAUUCCGUUAAGGAUGCAAGCACCUAUUGAUGUAUUGGAUACUAUUUUCGACAAGCAGGCCCAACUUUUGUCAAGCAAAUAUAAAACAGAACAGGAAAGAGCUCUUGAAAGGCAGAAGCUGGAGAUGGAAAAACGGCGUCAGAACGCGAUUCCAUCAGUAAUUUCAUUAUCCGUCACGUCUUCUGUAGGACAAGAAAAGCGCAAACAUGUCGAUUUUGUCCUUCCUUCUAAACUGGCAUUGGAGGGACGUGUCGUAAAGCAGCAUUCCAAAAAUGUUAAUAUGGACGAAAAACGCUUGUUGGCUCAGCUGCCACCGCCUCCACCACCACCACCACUUCUCUCUUGUUCUAGAAAAGCCUCGAUACCUUCCACAUCAAGUGCAGCUUUCGAUAGCACAUCAGCAGUAGAAUAUUCAAAAGAUGAGAAUACCGAGGAAAACUUAGUAACACUGAUGACUCAAACAACUCCGUGUUCAGGCGAUUCUCCACUGUCUAUGAGGACUCCUCCAUCAAUCCCUUGUUAUAUGAGCCCGUCGGAAACAUCGAUUGAACCUCCACUCUUAGUUGAGACGUGCACUUCAAGUACUGCUUCAGUUACAAAAAUUGAUUCGGAACGAAUAAAAGAAAUGGCUUCCGCUUUGCAAGCCGUAUUUGCCCGUUUAGGUAAUGUUCCACCGCCUCCAACUGCUCCUCAACUUGAUACAAACGAAAAUAAUACGAUGGAAAAGACAAGUGUGUUGGAUGAAAAUCUAACAAUUCCCAAUAUCGAGAAGCGUAUGACCAGUGAAUCGGAUAAAAUCGAAACUGGACUGGAACAUACUGAUACGACAAUGUCUGGGACUUCAAUGAUUUGUACCACUAACUAUAAAUUACCACAUUCAGCAGGCAUUAAACAAGAAACAUCUUUAGUAUGGAAUAAUUUGCUUCAGGAAAGCAAUGCUUCAACUUCGCUGCAGUCAAUGUUGGGUCUGAGUGAUACAACUCAUUUCGUUGAAGAAUUCACACUUGGUUUGCCAGCAGAAAUUGAGAAUGAAAUCGAAGAGAACAUUGUCGCGUCCGUUGUCGAAAAAAUAAUAUAUGCCAUAGUGAAUGAUGAUGUUCCGACAUUCAGCAGUCAUUCUGGAGAUAGGAACAAAGAAAUAUCAGCCGACAUUGAGAACAGAGAUGAGAUGGAAAAAAAACCAGAUAUAUCGGAAGAUUUACUACGAAAUCCAAGACGCUUACUGCAAAAAGCAAGUGAUGUGCUAAAAAGUUUGCAGUCAUUGGAAAUAGCAGCUGAACACGCAUCUGCAGAAAAGCAAAAUCAACAGCAAUACGAACAAUUACCUUUGGACGAAAAAUAUGAGGAAGAUGAUAAUGAAGAUAAACCGUUACCUGAUUUCCACGGAGAACCGGUACCUGAUUCAGAUGAUGAGAUUAUAAUCGAAGGUGUAACUCGAAAACGAAUCACCAAAAAGAAUGCAGUACAGGAAGAGGAACCGGUACCCGGUGAUGAACAAAUUGAAGUUGACUUCUACAAUGCAGAUUUGAACGUUAAAGCAAGUGAGACCUGUCAAGAAAUCAUCGAUCCAGACAAUGGCGAUGGUUUUGCUCUGAUGUGGGGCGGGGCCAGGUCGACAUAUGGCAUUCGAAUUUCUUCAGAUGUAGUUAAUUUUCCUGCUGUUAUGUUCCAAAUUAAGCUGUUGGACUGUUUGCCAAUUAAGCAUCUACCAUUCGAAGAGAUAGAUGCUCAUAAUGUCCGCGUGGGAUGGUCAACUCAGAAUUCUACAAAUAUUUUGGGAGAAGCACCCCACUCCUAUGCAUAUGAUUUACUGGCGAAGAAAGCUACAAAUAAUUUUUUCACCGAUUAUGGUGAACCUUGUCAAGUUGGCGACGUUAUAACUUCAUGUUUGGAUUUGGCAUCAGGCAAAAUACAUUUCUGGAAGAAUGUAGAAUAUUUGGGAGUGGCUUUUUCAGAAGUCAAUUUCAAUAAAAACGACAUUGUUUUUCCCCAUAUCUGUACGAAGAAUUACAAACUGUCUGUGAAUUAUGGUGACAGUCAGUGUGAAGGAUGGAUGUCAGUUGCGGAACUACAGAAAAAUGGGGUAUUAGGCAUUGACACCUCACUCAUUUACUUCAGCAAGUUAGACCGGACAGUGCUUGUUCGCGGUCUAAUACCACCAUCAAGCAAAAGCGAAUGCACGGUUUUAAUGAUGGUAGGCUUGCCAGGAGUUGGCAAAACAACCUGGGUACGACAGUAUCUUCGUGAACAUCCGCAAGAGCAGUGGACUUUAUUGAGUACUGAUACAAUACUUGCAGCAAUGAAAGUUAAUGGAGUUCCAAGAAGUAGGGUCCAUCAGGGUAGGUGGGAUAUGAUAAUGGGACUUAUUGCUAAAGCGCUGAAUCGUUCCUUACAUUUGGCCUGUAGGCGACGUAGAAAUUAUAUCAUUGACCAAACUAAUGUCUCAAAAGAAGCAAGAAGACGAAAGCUAUCUCAGUUCAAAGAUUUUCAACGCAAAUGUGUCGUUAUAAUUCCAUCAGAAGAGGAAAUGAUUGUCCGACAAAUGAAGCAGUCACGUAUGGAUGGAGCCGGACCAAUACCCGUAGAAGCAAUGCUGGAACUUAAAGCAAUGUUAUCAAUACCAAACGUUGAGCUAGAGCCUAUUGAAGAUGUUUUCUUCGUGGAACCACCGCUGGAACGGAUUGGUGAUGCCAUCGACCUUGUUCUACGAUUCAAUGAUGAAGCUCGUCCAUGGUGUCAGAAGCGACGGAACCGUCGAGGGGAACCAUUGCGGCAGAAUGAUUCAAGGAUGAUGAAUAAUUCAAGCAUACGAAUAUCCAACGAAAUUUCCUCAGCUGCAGCGAAUACAAGUGUUCAUGAGGGUAAUCAGUUGAACGGACAGCCGUCACCAGCAGAGACAAGAUCAAACGAAGGCUACUGCGCUUUUGAGCGAGAAGCACCGCCUACAGCAUCUUCUUGGGCAGAGCGUAAAAGUGCUUCCACCAGUUAA